AUGGAUGCUGUGGCGAAAACUUUUAAGCCACUAUGGAGGGCAGACAAUGGCUUCACAGUGAGUAAAGAAGGUUCUCACACGGCUUUAUUCAUUUUUGAUAACAAGGAUGAUGUGGAUCGGAUUCUCUCUAGCGAGCCGUGGAGCUUUGACAAAUAUCUGGUGGUCCUAGAGAGGUAUGAACGUCAAACACCUCUGGAGGAUCUGAAAUUUGAUAAAGCUUCUUUUUGGGUACAAGUGCAUAACAUCCCUAUCGGCUAUCGGAACAAAUCAGUUGCAGAAGACAUUUGUGAAGCGAUAGGUAGAGUUGAUCGAUCAAUUAAAGUUUCAGACAGCGAGGGAGGAAGCUAUGUCAGAGUGAAGGUUACCCUGGAUGUUUACCAGCCGCUGUGCCGAGGAAGAGUUGUCACUUUUGAGGGAGGCGGAAAAAUAUGGGUGAGUUUUAGAUACGAACGAUUACCUAACAUAUGCUAUUGGUGUGGUUGUUUUGAUCACAGUGACAGGGACUGCGACACUUGGAUCCAGAGCAAAGGAACGUUAAAGGUGGAAGAGCAGUAG